AUGGACACGGCAGAGACGGAGCGUGUGCGAGGCCCGCGCAGUGUACCUUUGGCAGAGGAUGCAAUACAGGUGCCUGACCAUGUGAAACAGCUGUACGGCACGGCGACUGUUUCUUCGCUGCAGCUGCUGCCUGUCGGUGCCAUCGCCGCCUCAGCCACGGUAGCCCGUGCCCUCGCGAUUGCGCGUGCACACCACGGCCAGUCUGUACUUGUCCUUGACAAUGAUAAAAUGCUUGGGUACGUGGAUAUGGUUGCGCUUGUGACUGCGGAUGCACAGGACGCGGCCGAGGAGCCCGUGCAGGCCGUGUACGAGCCAUUUCACGGCACACGCCAAGACCCGACCUACCCAAGCACCUACCGACUCAUCACGCCCGAGACGAGUUUGGGAGAGCUAUCUGUUUUUCUGCAGACGCACCCGUUUGCACUGAUCACCGAUGCAGACCGUACGCAUGUAACCAAUGUUGCCGGCGCGCCGGAUCUCUCGCGCUACCUCGGAAAUGCGCCUCGUGAUCCUGGAUCGCUCGGCUCGCGUACCACCGAGGAAGUCCGCCGCGAUAGUGCACUGCCUGACCUGUUGCGCAUGCUCGAUACAUACUCGCCGCUGAUUCCCGACGAGGUCACCGACUUUUACUUGGAGCGCGCUGGCUUCCAGAGCCAGGAUGUGCGACUGAAACGACUGCUUGCACUCGCUACGGAGAAGUUUGUCGCCGACAUUGCCUCGGACGCGUUUCAGUACGCCCGCAUCCGGACCAAUGCCGGCCCGAGCCGCUCGCGGCCGGGCCACGGCUCAGGUCGUGAUCGUACACGCACCGUGCUCACUAUGGACGAUUUGAGCGCUGCGCUCGGCGAAUAUGGCAUCGAUGCACGCCGCGCGGACAGUUUUCGAUAG